AUGGAAACUAUAACUUCAAGAUUUGAAGAGAAUAUAGGAGAAAAUACUAACCGCUUUAGUGGAGAGUUUAAUAAGGAUCCCAAGAAAACUUUUAAUGAAGAUGAAGUUAAACAUAUUAUUAAAGAGGUGGUGGAAACCACCAUAUUACAAGAUUCAGCGUAUCUCCAUAGUAGAGUAUCAAACUGGAAUGCAAUUAUUGUAGAACAUGUGACAAAGAAAUUGGCUGCAUUAAGUAAAUCUUUCAAAUAUAUUGUCACUUGUACUAUAUUUGAAAAAAAUGGAGCUGGUAUUCAUGCUACUACUACUUGUUAUUGGGAUAGUAAAUAUGAUGGAAGCACCACUUACAGACAUGAUACCAAUAGUAUGUAUGUUAUAGUUAAUGUUUGGGGAUUAUGUGUAUAA